AUGCAGAGCGAGUGGAGAACUGGACCAGCAGAAGGAAGGAGUAUGGAGUUAAAGACUGUGGCGUGAACUGAGGAACCCUGGACAGGCCACUUGCUGCAGGGGACCCAGUCCAGAUCCCAGGAGAGCCCCGCUGCCCCUUCGGACCCCGUCUCCCAUCUACAAAACGUGGAGAUUGGCCCAGUUGACGUGUCUCUACAAAAAGGUGCAUAUACCACUGAAGCUGCUUUGUUUUCUUUUGUGUGUUGUGUUGAACUUUUCUUUCACGAGUCAUAGUUAGGAAAGCCUUCCCUUGUUUUCUGCUAAUAAAAAGCCAGCUUGGGCCAGGCGUGGUGGCUCACACCUGUAAUCCCAGCACUUUGGGAGGCCGAGGCAGGCAGAUCACCUGAGGCCAGGAGUUUGAGACCAGCCUGGCCAAUGGUGAAACCCUGUUUCCACUAAAAAUACAAAAUUAGCUGGCGUGGUGACAUGUGCCUGUAAUCCCAGCUAUUUGGGAAACUGAGGCAGGAGAAUCACUUGAGCCUAGGAAGCAGAGGUUGCACUGAGCCGAGAUCAUCCCAUUGCACUCCAGCCUGGGCUAAAAGAGCGAAACUCCAUCUCAAAGAAAAAAAAAAAGCCAGCUUGUUCACAAGAAGGGGAGUAUUAAGAGAAACCCUGGGCCCCAGGUCCCAGCAUCUUGCUAGGUGGUGAAAUUGAAAUUACUCACCUGGUGUUCUUCUCUGCCAGCCCCACCGCAGGCUGAUCUGGGGAAGCCUCUGGCCCAGGGCAGAUACCACCAUGGCCUUCCUGAUGCACCUGCUGGUCUGCAUCUUCGGAAUGGGCUCCUGGGUGACCAUCAAUGGGCUCUGGGUAGAGCUGCCCUUGCUGGUGAUGGAGCUGCCUGAGCGCUGGUACCUGCCCUCCUACCUCACGGUGGUCAUCCAGCUGGCCAACAUCGGGCCCCUCCUGGUCACCCUGCUCCAUCGCUUCCGGCCCAGCUGCCUUUCUGAAGUGCCCAUCAUCUUCACCCUGCUGGGUGUGGGAACCGCCACCUGCAUCAUCUUUGCCUUCCUCUGGAAUAUGACCUCCUGGGUGCUGGACGGCCACCACAGCAUCGCCUUCUUGGUCCUCACCUUCUUCCUGGCCCUGGUAGACUGCACCUCUUCGGUGACCUUCCUGCCCUUCAUGAGCCGGCUGCCCACCUACUACCUCACCACCUUCUUUGUGGGUGAAGGACUCAGCGGCCUCUUGCCUGCCCUGGUGGCUCUUGCCCAGGGCUCGGGUCUCACUACCUGCGUCAAUGUCACUGAGCCAUCAGACAGCAUACCAAGCCCAGUACCCACGUGGGAAACUGACAUCGCACAGGGAGUUCCCAGAGCUUUGGUGUCCGCCCUCCCCGAAAUGGAAGCGCCCCUGUCCCACCUGGAGAGCCGCUACCUCCCCGCCCACUUCUCACCCCUGGUCUUCUUCCUCCUGCUAUCCAUCAUGAUGGCCUGCUGCCUCGGGGCGUUCUUUGUCCUCCAGCGCCAACCCAAGUGCUGGGAGGCUUCCGUGGAAGACCUCCUCAAUGACCAGGUCACCCUCCACUCCAUCCGGCCGCGGGAAGAGAAUGACUUGGGCCCUGCAGACACAGUGGACAGCAGCCAGAGCCAGGGGCAUCUUGAGGAGAAAGCAGCCCCCUGCUGCCCGGCCCACCUGGCCUUCAUCUAUACCCUGGUGGCCUUCAUCAAUGCGCUCACCAACGGCGUGCUGCCCUCUGUGCAGACCUACUCCUGCCUGUCCUACGGGCCAGUUGCCUACCACCUGGCCGCCACCCUCAGCAUUGUGGCCAACCCUCUUGCCUCGUUGCUCUCCAUGUUCCUGCCUAACAGGUCUCUGCUGUUCCUGGGGUUCCUCUCCGUGCUUGGGACCUGCUUUGGGGGCUACAACAUGGCCAUGGCGGUGAUGAGCCCCUGCCCCCUCUUGCAGGGCCACUGGGGUGGGGAAGUCCUCAUCGUGGCCUCGUGGGUGCUUUUCAGCGGCUGCCUCAGCUACGUCAAGGUGAUGCUAGGCGUGAUCCUGCGCGACCUCAGCCGCAGCGCCCUCUUGUGGUGCGGAGCGGCGGUGCAGCUGGGCUCGCUGCUCGGAGCGCUGCUCAUGUUCCCUCUGGUCAACGUGCUGCGGCUCUUCUCGUCCGCUGACUUCUGUAAUCUGCACUGUCCCGCCUAGGCAUGCCACCAACCCCGCCCCCAUAGCUAACGGACGGAACUGGGGUCCAGAGAGGCAAGGUCACAGAGCAAGUGGCAGCAACAGAGAUGCAGAGCCUGAGUAAUUGAACCAUGAACGCAAGUGCCCACUAGGGACUGUGGGGAAGAUGCGACCUGGAAAUGCAAGGUGCAGCUCUAUCCCCGACUCUGUGUCACAGUACCUGUGUCUACAAGUUCGGAUCUCCUUUGCUUUGACUCUCAAGAGAGGACUGAUUUGCAGCAUCUAGCUGGAGGCAGGCCCAAGGGUGUUAGAAGGGAAACAGCUGGGAGGGUGAGCUGUCCCUUCAGGCUGUGUGACCUUGGGAAAGUCACUUGACUUCUCUGUGCCUGUUUCUUCAUGCAUGCAAUGGAGAUUACAGCAAGUACCAACUACCUCACGGGCAUGGCACAGAGACAAAAGGAAGAAGCAGCCGGCAUAAAGCAAGCCCUCCUGGGCCACCUGCUGACCUGAGAGUCCAUCAUAGUAACAAGAGUGGCAGUCAGUACAACCUAGAAGUAGCCAGAAGGGUUGAGACAGGCCCCUGUCCUCUCUCCUUUGCUCCUCAGUCUCACAGAGGGGCUUCUACAAGACAAGCAGCUAGCGGUAGAAUCAUGGGUAUCUUGGCUUUCGGAUUCCCAGUGUGGAGAGACAUAGUACCCCACACACCCCUUCCUGUCAUCCUUCCUGGCCCAUAAAGCCCACUUGUUGGAGAGUAAGUACCUUCCUGGAAGCAGGAGAGAUGAUUUGCCGGUGGGGCUGGGGAGGGCCCAUCCUUGAGCCUCUGAAAGUGAAAUCCCCAACCAGGCUGGGGACCAGACACACAGAACCCCUGAAGUAUUCUCUCAAAUGGAGAUGGCUGAGGUGAUUGUUAUUUUGUUUUAGCUUUAGGUUUUCAUUUUUUUAAAAUAAAGACAUUCCCUGCUUUUA